AUGCCUAGUGACGCGUCUCCGGACCACUCAUACGAUGAAGAUGGAGAUUUUUUUAUUGAGGAGGAGGUUAAUGGCAUUUAUCAUGAUGAAAUGGAUGACUCCGAGUACCAGAGUUACUCUUACGGUGAAGAAGAUGAACUAGAAGAGGAGACAUACGAUGGAGAGGAAGCAAACGAGACUGUGGGGAGUGACGAAACUAGGAUGAGUUUCCGGAAUGCAGAGCAUCAAGUCCAUGGGAACGGUGCACGAAACAUAUCUAGGCAUCGUCUUGAUUCCGGCAGACCCUCCACUUUGCAUGAGCUCCUGCAUUCUUUAGCUUAUCCAUCAGAGGAAGGAUUGCGGCAUGAUUACCGAAAUAAUGGCAUUAACGUCUCUGGACGGCUCAAUUUUGCAGAGUUGUUACCAGAGAUGCUGAAUUUUGUUCCUGACGCUGGACGGUCGAGGUCUACCGCCAAUGGCAUGAUGAAGCUUAUCGGAAACAUUGAAAAGGCGGAACAGGACACUUAUCUGGCGUUGGAAAGCCUACGCAACAUAUCGGAACAACUUCUCAUGCUGAAUCCACUGACAGCGGAGCGUGUAAUACCGCAGGAUGAUCUGUUGGCCACUGUUUUAAGGCUACUGUCCAAUCCGCAGCUUCAGGAGGAGCUCGAGCUGCAACUUGCGGGGUGUCGUUGUCUCUACAACAUUUUCGAAGUCAACCCGGAAAUGAUCGCUGUUGCCGUUGAUGACAACGCCAUCGAUGUCCUUAGAGAUAAGCUUCUAGAAAUAAACUACAUUGAUUUAGCCGAACAGGUUUUAGAAACCCUUGAAUUCAUUUCGAGGAUUAACGGGCAGGAUAUUUUAGAAUCGGGUUGUCUGGUUGCUUGCAUGCAGUACAUGGAUUUUUUCACUACGCAUGCACAAAGAAAAGUUGUUGCGAUAGUGGCAAAUUCAUGUGCAAGGGCUAAAGAUGAAGACUAUGAUGAAAUGCAAGAGGUUUUCCCGCUUUUGAAGACGGUUUUUAUCAAUUCAUCAGACCAAGUGAUUUCAAACAGGUCCCUAGACGCCGUUUAUGGGAUAUGUCAAGGUGUAGCUGAUAUGGGUCAAGCUUUAGAAUCGUUUUUUGAUCUAGAAGUCAUGCAGCGCUUAAUGCAUAUCGUUUCAAUUUCGGAAUUUGAGCUUGAUUCUAAGCUCAAGGCGUUGGAUAUUCUUUCUCAAUUGGUGCUGAAUAGCAGCAAGCUAUCAACUGACAUUAUUUUCUCUGAAAAGGUACCGCUAAUGUUGGAGGGCUGCAUUAACCAGUUCAGGAAAACGUCAGACUCGGCCUUACACGAGACGUUGAUGUUUGUUCCCAAGCCAUUGCUUACGAGUGUUUCGCGCUUUUUGGUUUUGCUCUUACCGGUGGAGGAUUUUCAACUGUUGACAACUGACAACUUCAAGAAGCCUGAUGUGUCAAAUUUGAUUGGGUAUAUCGAAAACUUGGCAGCACAAGUGACGCCAGUUUUAGUGGAAAUUUACACCAAUUCUAUUGAUUUCGAAAUAAGAAAAUAUGUGUUACUCGCACUUCUGAGAAUAUGCUCUUCGUUGGAGCCUGCAAAAGCCUCAGUGUUGGAUGAUAAUUUAGUUGGUAUGCUUGCAUCAACUCUUGCUCAAAACAAAAGCAUUUAUGAAUCUAGCAAUGGUCACGAUUACGAUGCUGGAUUUCUUCUACUGGGCAUACUUUGUCUUGUGUUGCAGUCAGCAACCAAGUUCUCGGCAAGAUUCUUCCCUGCCUUUAAAAGAGAGGGCGUUUUUGAUGUCUUGAAAUCCCUUUCAGAUUUCAUCGCGGGAUCUGAAGCUAGACAGGAAAAUGCGGCCAAAGAUAAGUUUGAAGAAAAAGAUGACGUUGAUUCAGCGAGCGACAGUGACGAUGGGGAUGCGAUGUCGUUUAAUGCCACUGACAUCCCACCUCAAGUCACACCCCGGAAGCUUGUAUUCAAAGUAUUUCGGAAGAUGGCUGGGUUCUACAUUUUCUGGAAAAUAAGUGACCUUACCGCCCAGAUAAUGUCUCUAAGGGACAACACUGUAUCGAAAGCUAGAGAGAUUUUAGAUGUUGAGGAGUGGAUUAAUCACAUGAAAGAAGUAUCAUUAGUGAAUUAUUCUUCCCAGAACUGGGCAAACCUUUGGGCAGAUGUCAAAUCAUUGCUAUUUUCAGAAACAUUCACAAUAUCUAGUUUUGAGCUAGUAUCAACGGGUAUGGUAAGCGCCAUGUGGGCAGUCAUUUCGCGUUAUCCAAAUUGUCAAAAAGAAUUUCAAGAAGGCUUUGGCAAAGGGCUUCCGAUGUUAGUUGAGGCCUUGCAGUCAGCAAUAACACGCCUCGAAACACUUCCAAUAACGGAAUGUGGACUGCCAAGUGAAGAAGGGCGUGCUGCGUCUUUGGGCAAGCAGGUAAAGAUAAGGCUGGAGUUUGAAAAAACAGGAGAUGAAUAUUCCCCACCCGCUAAUUUGCAUUCUGUUGUCAUUUGCAUUCACUGCGUUGCAUCUUUUCGCGCAUUGAAUGAUUUUCUCAGGCAUCGAAUUUUGCAGUCUCAACUCCUCACUUCCCUUACCAUAGCUUCCAGCUCCAAUAGGAAGUUUAAUGCUGAAGAAUGGAAAGAUAAGGAGUUUGAGUUUUUCGUCGAUGGUAAGCCCCAGCGUUUAUCUGAGACAAUUUUUAGCGCCGUAUUCAAGUCGUUUCUCUGCAAAAAUGAAGAUAUCUCUCAAAAAUGGGGCGAAACUCAGGUGAUCACCUACCGCAUCACUGACUUGAAGUCGAGCGUCGAAGAAAGCUCGCAAAUAUAUGCAAACGACAUCUCCGAGGUGAAUGUUCCUACACCACUAAAAGACGUACUGGGGUUAUUGAGUUUUUGCAGACGCAAGGAUCUGCCGGCUGAUUUAUUCAUAAAUUCAAAAUUGAGUGCCAAACUAUCAAGGCAACUUGAGGAACCGUUGAUUGUUGCCGGUGGAAUACUUCCACCAUGGACCUUGUACGUUACCAAAUAUUAUUCAUUUCUAUUUCCUAUCGAAACGAGAAUGUUUUUCCUUCAAAGCACCUCGUUUGGAUACGGGAGACUCAUACAGCUUUGGCGACAACGUACGGGCGAUGACAAAGCAUCCGGGGAGACCACUUUACAACAACUUGGGCGCCCAGGAAGACACAAGCUACGCAUUUCGAGAGAAAAUGCCUUUUUGAGUGCUCUUAAGAUAUUGGCAAAAUAUGGAUCAACGCCCAAUAUGUUGGAGGUCGAAUAUCAAAAUGAGGUCGGGUCGGGGCUGGGUCCGACUCUUGAGUUUUAUGCCACAAUCUCAAAGGAAUUUGCUAAAAAAUCACACUUGAUGUGGAGAAGGAACGACUACGGUCUAUCGGGAAGCGAUAAUUUUGAGACAAGUUUAUUGUUCCCAGCGCCUUUAGCAAACAAUGCAGACAGCCCGAAAAUUUUAGAACUAUUUGAACACUUGGGUAACUUUGUUUCGAGAUCAAUGCUCGAUAAUCGAAUUCUAGACUUUCGAUUCAGCGAAGCCUUUUUCCAGCUGGCUCAUACCUCUGCUAGGGGUGACAAAGUCGAUCUUACUAACAGAGCCGUCUGUUUGGACCUCUUGCAUUUGGUCGAUCCUCAGAUUGAAAAGUCCAUUGCAUAUCUUUUGGAUCAAAAGAACGCCAGCGAGGUAGAGAAUCUGGCUUUAACAUUUUACCUAUCAGGUUAUGAUAUUGAACUAGUUACCGGUGGGAAAAACAUCGUGGUCACGUCGGAAAAUUUAGAAGUAUACCUUGAAAAACUACUAGAUCAAUUGUUGGGAUCCGGAGUUCAAAAGCAGAUUCAAAGUUUUAUCGAUGGUUUCUCUCGCGCAUUCCCUUACGCUUCGCUACUAAUAUUUAGUCCGGCGGAAUUGACCAAUUUGUUUGGAAUGAUUGAAGAAGACUGGACAACGGAAACCCUAUACUCCUACAUUAAUGCUGAUCACGGUUACACCAUGGACUCGGUAUCAAUACAUGAUUUUGUCUCAAUUUUAUCCGAUUUUAUUCCUGAGGAACGGCGUCUUUUCUUACAAUUUUUGACUGGAUCGCCAAAAUUGCCUAUUGGUGGAUUUGAAAGUUUGAAUCCCAAGUUUACAGUCGUUAUGAAACAUGCCGAUGAAGGCAUGCAACCAGAUCAUUAUUUGCCAAGCGUCAUGACAUGUGCCAAUUACUUAAAACUUCCGAAAUACAGCUCUAAAUCGGUGAUGCGUUCUCGAAUAAUUCAAGCAAUGAAAGAAGGCGGCAACGCAUUUUUACUCUCUUGA